AUGGAAGCCUCGUCUUCUGGAUCUAGUAUUUCAGCAGUCACUGGUGGAAAAGCAAAAACCCAUCAGCCAGUAGCUAAGGAUGUCAACAUUUUUUUUGAUGAGUUAGAAGGUGUGAACAGCCCUUCCAAAGAUGAUGACUCCCUGCUUCACCAUGGUAAUUUGACCAGUACUUCUGAUGAUGCCAGCAGGUUGGAAGUUGUGGGAGAGGAAGUACCUGAUAAGAACAAAGCCAAUGGACUAUAUUUUAGAGAUGGGAAAUGUCGGAUUGACUACAUCCUGGUAUAUAGAAAAUCUAAUCCACAGACAGAAAAGAGGGAAGUAUUUGAGAGAAAUAUCAGAGCAGAAGGUCUUCAAAUGGAAAAAGAGUCGUCUCUAACAAACAGCGACAUCAUCUUUGUGAAGUUGCAUGCCCCUUGGGAGGUCCUGGGCAAAUAUGCUGAACUAAUGAAUGUAAGAAUGCCUUUCAGGAGAAAAAUCUAUUACCUGCACCGCCGAUACAAGUUCAUGAAUAGGAUCGAGAAACAAAUAAGCAGGUUUCGAGGAUGGUUACCUAGAAAGCCAAUGAAACUGGACAAGGAGACACUGCCAGAUCUGGAGGAGAAUGACUGCUAUACUGCUCCAUUCAGCCAACAAAGGAUCCAUCACUUCAUCAUACACAACAAAGAUACUUUCUUCAAUAAUGCUACAAGAAGUAGAAUUGUACACCAUAUCUUACAAAGAGUGAAAUACGAAGAAGGGAAAAACAAAAUUGGUCUGAAUCGAUUGCUCAGUAAUGGCUCCUAUGAAGCUGCAUUUCCUCUUCAUGAGGGAAGUUACAGAAGUAAGAAUUCAAUAAGGACCCACGGGGCAGAAAACCACAGACACCUGCUCUAUGAGUGCUGGGCUUCCUGGGGAGUGUGGUAUAAAUACCAACCACUGGACCUCGUGAGACGGUACUUUGGUGAGAAAAUUGGGCUGUACUUUGCCUGGUUAGGCUGGUACACGGGGAUGCUCUUCCCAGCUGCCUUCAUUGGAUUGUUUGUCUUUUUGUAUGGAGUCACCACUCUGAACCACUGCCAAGUCAGUAAAGAAGUCUGCCAAGCUACAGAUAUCAUAAUGUGUCCUAUAUGUGAUAAAUAUUGUCCCUUCAUGAGGUUGUCGGACAGCUGCGUUUAUGCCAAGGUAACCCACCUUUUUGACAAUGGAGCUACUGUCUUUUUUGCUGUUUUCAUGGCGGUGUGGGCAACUGUUUUUCUGGAGUUUUGGAAAAGAAGGCGAGCAGUAAUUGCUUAUGACUGGGACUUGAUAGACUGGGAAGAAGAAGAGGAGGAAAUACGUCCGCAGUUUGAAGCCAAGUACUCCAAGAAAGAACGAAUGAACCCCAUAUCCGGGAAGCCAGAGCCUUAUCAAGCAUUUGCAGAUAAAUGCAGCAGACUUAUUGUUUCUGCAUCUGGAAUAUUUUUUAUGAUCUGUGUGGUGAUUGCUGCUGUUUUUGGCAUUGUUAUUUACCGUGUUGUGACUGUCAGCACUUUUGCUGCCUUUAAGUGGGCUUUAAUCAGGAAUAACUCUCAGGUUGCAACUACAGGGACUGCAGUGUGCAUCAACUUUUGCAUCAUCAUGCUACUGAAUGUGCUGUAUGAAAAGGUUGCUCUUUUCCUGACAAAUUUAGAGCAGCCUCGUACCGAAUCCGAGUGGGAGAACAGCUUCACUCUGAAAAUGUUUCUUUUUCAGUUUGUCAAUCUGAAUAGCUCUACCUUUUAUAUAGCAUUCUUCCUUGGAAGAUUUACAGGACACCCUGGUGCCUACUUAAGGCUGAUAAACCGGUGGAGACUGGAAGAGUGCCACCCUAGUGGAUGCCUUAUUGAUCUCUGUAUGCAAAUGGGUAUUAUAAUGGUGCUAAAGCAGACCUGGAAUAACUUCAUGGAACUGGGCUACCCGUUAAUUCAAAACUGGUGGACCAGGAGAAAACUACGACAAGAGUAUGGCACACAGAGAAAAACAAGCUUCCCACAGUGGGAAAAGGACUACAAUCUGCAACCUAUGAAUGCUUAUGGGCUCUUUGAUGAAUACCUAGAAAUGAUUCUUCAGUUUGGGUUCACAACCAUUUUUGUGGCAGCUUUUCCACUGGCACCGCUUCUGGCCUUACUUAACAAUAUUAUUGAAAUUCGGCUUGAUGCAUACAAAUUUGUUACCCAGUGGAGAAGACCUUUAGCUUCAAGAGCCAAAGAUAUAGGCAUCUGGUAUGGGAUCCUGGAAGGCAUUGGAAUUCUUUCUGUUAUCACAAAUGCAUUUGUUAUAGCUGUGACAUCAGAUUUCAUCCCUCGCCUUGUUUAUGCUUACAAAUAUGGACCUUGUGCUGGCCAAGGAGAAGCUGGACAAAAGUGUAUGGUUGGCUAUGUUAAUGCCAGUUUAUCAGUAUUUCUGGUGUCUGACUUUGAAAACCGUUCAGAGCCAACGUCAAAUGGAAGUGAAUUCUCUGGUUCACCAUUAAAAUAUUGCAGGUACAGGGACUACCGAGACCCUCCUCACUCCCCAGUGCCCUACGGUUACACGCUGCAGUUCUGGCAUGUCUUAGCAGCACGGUUGGCUUUCAUUAUUGUAUUUGAGCACCUUGUCUUUUGCAUAAAGCACCUGAUUUCCUACUUAAUCCCAGAUCUCCCAAAAGAUCUGAGAGAUCGAAUGAGGAGAGAAAAGUACCUGAUUCAGGAAAUGAUGUAUGAAGCUGAACUAGAACGUCUGCAGAAAGAGCGGAAGGAAAGGAAGAAGAACGGAAAAUCUUAUCACAAUGAGUGGCCAUGA